AUGACGACAGUUCCGAGCGCCCAAGCGUUCGUCUCCUUAGCGACGAUGUCCGGGUGGAGGGGCCGGAGCCCGCUGCAGGGGGCUCAGCGGCGGGGCCGCGAGUUGCGGCAGCAGGUGGAUGCAUUGCUUGCUGACAGCAAGGAGAGGGGGGCCCUAGACCCUGCGAAAAGGAAGUACCUUUUUCAGAGAUGUAUGGAGUUGAAGAAAUCAGUGGAUGAAAAUACAUCUGUUCUUCAAAACUUGAAAAAAACUGAUGAGCCUGCACCUGUGGGGAAUUAUAAUCAGAGAAAAGAGGAGGAAGAAAAACAAUUGUUAAAACUCUCUCAGCAGCUCCAGAAACUUGCUGCAGUCCUGAGUCAGGACAAUGUGACCAAGGGUUACACUGUAGAUGGGAAAUGUCAAAAUAGUCCUCCAACAGAACAGGAAAAUGAGGAAGAGGAGGAUGAGGAUGAAGAAAGUAGUGGGGAGGAAGAUGCUGAAGAGGAGGAGGAUGAAGAAGAGGAUGAUGAUGAUGAAUUGGAAGAUCAACCAACAAUUAAAGAAUGUAUCACGGUUGGUGAUUUUGUUGCUCAGCAGGAAGGGGAUCUCACGUUUAAGAAAGGUGAAGUGUUGCUCAUACUUGACAAAAAGCCUGAUGGUUGGUGGAUGGCUAAAAAUUCCAAAGGGGAUAGAGGCCUUGUUCCUAAAACCUAUCUCAUGGCAUGCAAUAAAGGAGUUGGCCAAGAGCCAAGUGCAGAGGAAAGUGAGGAAGACAUAGAGGUGGUUGAUGAAACAGCAGAUAAAACCGAAAUUAAAAAAAGAACAGAUUCUCACUGGAGUGCUGUUAGAAAAGCUAUCACAGAGAAUAAUACCAUUGAUGUGUUGGCAACCAUGGGAGCUGUUCCUGCAGGAUUCCGACCAUCAACUCUCUCCCAACUCUUAGAAGAAGGGAAUCAGUUUCAAGCCAGUUACUUCAUACAGCCUGAAUUGACUCCUUCACAACUGGCUUUCAAAGACCUAGUGUGGAACCCCGAAAAAGACACUAUUCAGCCAAGACCAACUCGAGUAUCACUGAUUUUAACUUUAUGGAGUUGUAAAAUGAUUCCUCUUCCAGGAGUGAGCAUACAGGUUCUCAGUAGACAUGUUCGACUCUGUCUUUUUGAUGGUAACAGGGUACUGAGUAACAUUCAUACAGUUAGAGCUACAUGGCAACCUAAAAAUCCCAAAACAUGGACCUUCUCUCCACGGGUAACAGGCAUUUUACCCAGCCUGCUUGAUGGUGACUGUUUUAUCAGGUCCAAUUCUUCAUCUCCAGACAUUGGUAUAUUAUUUGAACUUGGCAUCACUUAUAUUCGCAAUUCAACUGGUGAAAGAGGAGAGUUAAGCUGUGGUUGGGCAUUUCUAAAACUCUUCGACUCCAGUGGAAUUCCAGUUUCUUCCAAGACAUAUGAGCUUCUUUUGAAUGGUGGCACACCCUAUGAGCGGGGUGUUGAGGUGGACCCAUCUAUAUCAAGAAGAGCAAGCAGUGGUGUUUUCCAUCAGAUGAUGACACUGAAGAAACAGCCUCAACUUCUCGUGAAACUGAGAUCAUUAAGCACACGAUCAAAAGGCAUCCUGAAUCUGCUACCAGAAACAUUAAUUGGCAGUAUGUGCUACAUUCAUCUCUUGAUAUUUUAUCGACAAAUUCUCAGUGAUGUGCUGCUGAAGGACAGAAUAAGCAUGCAAAGUGCUGAUUUAAUCAGUAAUCCUAUUUUAGCAACUUUCCCCAAACUCAUGGAGCAGCCUGACCUUAUGGAUGCACUUAGGAGCGCUUGGGCAGAAAAGGAAAGCACAUUAAAGCGAUCAGAAAAGAGAGACCGAGAAUUUCUGAAGUCUGUGUUUUUCCUGGUGUACCAUGACUGUGUCUUCCCUCUUCUCCAGUCCACUUUCCUCCCGGAGCACAAGUGGGCAGACGAAGAGUCUGAAGCCUCGCGCUGGAAAGUGAUUGCUGACUUCCUGAAGCGGAACCAAGAAAAAGACAGUGCACUCUACUCUCUGCUCUCCUCAGAAAGUGUUCACAAAGCUUUCGAUAUUUCAGAGAUCGCAUACGACUUCCUAGGACAAGCGAGGAAGAGCAGUGCCUCAGUUUGAGUGGACUUUAAGGCACUUACACUGUCACGUGUACAAGACUAAAUUAAAAACAUAACUAAUCAUCUGACCAAAAUGAGACAGAAUUAUAUUCCCAUGUGGGCUGGGUUUAUUGUUUGUCCAAAGGAUAUUUUGCAAGCAAAUUGUAUUGUACAUCACAAUAUUUGCACGUCAUAAACUUUCUUUUUUACACAGCA